AUGGAUCAGGAUAGCCAAAAUUUAUCUACUAAAGCUGAGAAAGAAGAUGGUGAAGAAGGUGUUGAAGAAUCGAAUUUACCAAUAACAGAAUAUGAUAUGGACAGAGUUAGAAGUACGAUCAAACAAUUUGUUAGGGAAUGGGCAUUUACCAGUGUAAUAUGA